GAACCCAAUCCCGGUCUCCCCAAGCCAGCUUUCAUAUCAGCUCCGCGUGGUUUCCAGUCGUCAUGGUUGACGAUGCACUAACAUCUCCCCUCGAUCCGGCCCCGUCGCUGAUUAAGCGCCAGAUCUUCUUGAGCCCAGACUUUUCUCCGCAUGUCUAUCUUGGCUCACUGGCUGCGGCUCCGCUCCCUUCCUAUUUGUCCUCCCAACGACCGAAUGUCCAUCUGGGCUCCAUUCAGAGCGAUCUUCUCCUCUCUCUGAAAGAUCUCAAGUCGGAGCUGGUCGAGUUGAUCAAUCGGGACUAUCAGGAUUUUAUAUCACUUUCGACCAACCUUGUGGGGGUCGAUACCACCAUUGAUGACUUUCAAACACCCUUGGGCACGAUCAAGGCAGAAAUACAGCUGGUUGCAGCUCAGCUUGAAGAAAUGUCCAACUUGCUAGAAGAAAAGCUUGCACAGCGGGCCACCGUUAGGGAAAAGAAGGCACUUUUACAACUCAUCCUCAGCAUCCAUGCUUCCGCAGUCAAAGUCGAAGAAUUUUUAGGCAUUGCCCAGAAUGAGAGCAACGACCUAUUGAGGGAUCGAACAACGGUUGACGAUGGAAAACUCAUCGAACGCGUGGCCAUUGAAUACAACCAACUCCAGUACCUCGUCGGUAAAGGCAAGCAAUUGCCUUUUGUCAAGAGCAUGAGUUGGAGAAUUACAAGAAUCAAAGAGAUGCUCACAUCCAAGCUAUCGAAGGCUUUACAAGAUGCAUUUGUUGCCGUGUUCGAAGCUCCGGGCCACCAGCCCUCCAUCCAGGCUCUCAGGCAGUAUCUGAGAACUUACCUCCUUAUCGAUAGAGUUGUGGAUGCCGAAGCGGUGUUUACCGAAACCAUUGUCCAGCCUUUUGUCACCAAGACAUUCGAAGUAAACAUCUUGGAGUCUAGUGGCUCCCUCGCAGGCGGAGCUGUUCAUGACAUGGAUAAACUAUAUAAGGAUAUUGUCUCCUUUGUUGGACAAGAAUGCAGCCGGAUCCUUGAAAUCACCCGAGAAGUGUUUCACGGCACCCAGUACGACUUGCUCGUCGAUACGCUAUGGCCCUCGAUCAGCUCCACUAUCAUCAAGAAGCUACCGGUCCUCUUUAGCCCCGGUAUUCCAGAAAUAUUCCACCAGAAUUAUACAAUGGCAAUCCGCUUCGUGAGCGCCAUCGAAGCGCUGUGUCAGAACAAGCUUCAGCUCAAAAAGCUACGGGCCCAUCCCGCAUACAGUGAUUACAUGAAAAAAUGGCAACUCUCGGCUUAUUUCCAGAUCAGAUUCAAAAGCAUUGUUGCUGGUUACUGCGAUGCUGAGUCAAGAUCUUGCGAUGGUGUUAUUGAUGCCGCUGAGAUCAAGCCGCUGGAACAUGGGAUGAUUUUACCCGUUAGCCAUGCGCUCCUCGACGCUCUUGCAAGAUGCUGGGACGAUGGCGUUUUUCUACUUGGUCUAUCCCACAGGUUCUGGAGAUUGACGUUGCAGCUCCUUUCUAGGUAUACGAACUGGCUCCAAGCCUUUGUGGAUGCCAAUGUUCAGCCACAAAUCAUGGAUGCUGUCCAGAGGGGCGAAAGCUCCGGCGCACUGCGCUCCUCGACUCCAAGCAUCAAUCCAGAUGUCGACGAGCUUGUCAUACGGCGGAGUGUUUGCAUUUGUAACGAUAUACAACGAAUCAAGGACGAGUCUCGGCGCCUUUAUGACUCGGCUAUAGUGCCUAGGCUCAAUCUCUCUCGGGUAGAUUGCGAAUCGCUGGAUGAGUCCUUCGCCGCCGCGCUGUUGGCACUCGAUUCGUUUAUUCCAACAAUCAGUGAGAGGGUCAUCUCUACCCUGCUUCGAAGGAGCACGAUGCCAUUCACACAGAUCAAAAUGAUACAGAUGCACUAUCGAGGAACCAAGGAGCUACCAACAAAAAGCUUUCCGUAUGUAGCCAAUGUAAUAUUGCCGUUGUCACAGUUUGUGACAGCGUACGAGGACCUCCUUCCCAAGCGAAUCCUCGAUGACUGGAAAGCAUCCCUGGUUGACCAAAUUGCAGUCAGCUAUGCUUCAAUCAUCAACCAAGUCCUCGCCGAUCUCAAAAAAAUCGAGGACGGCCUGACCAAGAUGCGAAAAAACAAAGCUGCAUCAGUGCGAGGUGAUGCGACAGAGUUCCCGGAUAUCAUCCGAUUGCAGCUCAGAUACGACGUCGAAGAACUGAUCAAACUGGUCGGGGAGCUCGGAAUCAACGUGUCUGACCUCGGGGCAUGGACCAGACUCCGACAAAGUGUCGAGAAAACGGCAAAGGUCGACGAGCUAUAGCGGCAACGUGUCCUAUCAUGUGCAUCGCGAUCAGCACCUGAAGAAUGGAUAUGCUGGAAUGACAUGCACUCGAAGAGUCUCUAUCACAUUUGAUAGGCUCGCCACAUUCGCCGGUUCCGGCUGUUGAAAUAUACGUUGGCGCUGUGGGCUCCUGGCAGCGCAGAACAAGCAACCGAUACACUCAAA